AUGUAUAGAAUUACGUUGCUGUUUGCCGUGACCAUAUAUGCUUGUUUGGGUUUAGCAAAGGGUUAUCGCCCUUCCUAUCGAGCCGCAGUUUACGAACAUGCUCUUUUUCAACCGACCCACUUCCGCUCAGUCUCCAGGAACCAAGCAUUAAGAGAUAUGAAAAAGAACCUGGAUAUUUAUGCAGAACAAACAAGAAUAGCAUCUUCUGAGAAUGUUGAUAUAAUAGUGUUUCCAGAGGAUGGUAUUUAUGGAUUGAACUUUAACAGAGACACUAUCAAGCCUUAUUUGGAGGAUAUCCCAGAUCCAAAAGAAUUUAUUUGGAACCCCUGCAACCAAUCAGAGUAUGCCAAUGGCGUGGAGGUACAGAUAACUUUAAGCUGUAUGGCCCGAAAUAACGGUAUCUACGUCGUAGCAAAUAUGGGUGAUAAAAAGGUUUGUGAUGCAGAUUCGAUUUGCCCGGAUGAUGGACAACGUCAAUACAACACCGACGUGGUAUUUGAUCCACAGGGGAAUUUAGUAGCUCGGUAUCACAAAGUUUGUGUUCUCUUAAAAUGUGAAUUUACCGACAUUACUAGUUGUGGGCAACCAACCAAGACCGCUGCUGGACAUUUUGAAUAUUUAAAACUUUGGGGAACCUUCACAACUGAAUACGUCUUCCCCGAAGUACUUGUGUCGCAUGACGGAAAAUUAAGACUUGAACACGAACAUUGGAAGUAUCUUCAUAAUCGAAUUGAGUUCGUGAAUCGGGGAAAGGAAAGACCGCUUUUGUCUGCUACUCUGUAUGGACGACACUAUGAUAGAGACAACUCUACGGUUGCUAAUGGUGUUUGAAUUGAUGUAUCGGGUAUUAGAAACAAUGCAUCAGAAUAAAAGACCAAUCAAUGUACUCUUACAAAAUAGUUGAUCUAAA